UUCCUCAUCUUCCUGGACAGGGUUCCUAACUCAGAGGAGUACAAGCAUUGGACUUAUGCCUGCCAACAUGGCUCUCUCUGUCUGGACGAGGUGGCAAGGAACUUCAGCAGUACCCAGGAACAUAUUGACAUGGUGGCCACAAGAGUUGCUGAACAGGAGAAGAUCAAGCAACAAAGCGGUGAAGUAUCAACAGCUGGAGGAACUGAGAUUGAGAAAUGCUCGAAAACUCCAUCAGAACUGUUUAUCAUUCCGACUGAAGCAAGGGAGAUAACAGAGAUUCCAAACAUUGUACCAGAGGAGGCGAUUAUUGAGGAGCAGAUAGUGGAGUUCAGUGUCACCAUAGCAGACCCUGGCUACAGUGAACUUGUUCUGAGUGACCCUGCAGCUCCCCAGUACCAUGACAUCACACGCGAUCUCCAUGAUACGAUGGUUCAUGUUUUUGACAAACUUCCUGGGUUCAAAGAUCUUCGUGUUUUGGGAUUUCGGUUCGUUGAACUUCGAUCUGAUGAUAUGUCAGUCCGCUAUGCUGUGGUGUUUGAGACGAAUGGAGAAGACCAUGAAGAAGAAUCUAUUUCCACUAUAGAACCAGGCACAGGGACAGGGACAGUUGUUUACACAAAUGGACACAGACUGAAGGAUAUGGUUUACAUGGCCUUAAACGUGGAGACGUCCCUGCCUGUGGACAUACAUACACUCAGUUUUGAACCGGAUCCCACUGUUUCUCUAAGAGAGGAGUUGGAGGCGACAACCUUGGAAACCUUGCCAGAGGAGGGUGUCGGGCACACUGAAGUUUUCUUCCCAACUGUUGCUGUUGGAGAGGACUAUCUUGAGGCUUUUACAGACACACCUGAGGAAUACACCAUUGUGCCUUUCAGUGACUCAGUUAUUGUUCUUCCUGCUGAGGCUACCACUGCCUCAACCCCAGAUACCCCCCCUGUGGAUAUUAGUGAGGGUCCUCCCUCAGUAGAAGCAGUAGAGGAGACUGUAGUGGAUGCUAGAGAUGAGACACUUGAUGAAGAGGCUACAGAUGAGACGCUUGGCAUAGAGGAGCCUCCAGUGGAUGUUACAGAGGAGAGGAUUGAGGUAGAGGAAACUGUGGAUGCCACUGAGGAGACAAUUAAUGUAAAGCCUGCAGAGGAUGCCACUGAGGAGACACUUGAUAUAGAGGAGACUGUAGAUGCGAGACAAGACUACCUUUGGGUUUGGCCACCAGUAACAACACUGGCGGCCAUUACGGAACAGCCUGCCACUGAGGAGACACUUGAUGUAGAAGAAACUGUGGAUGCAACAGAAGAAGACAACCUUUGGGUUUGGCCACCAGUAACAACACUGGCGGCCAUUACGGAACAGCCUGCCACUGAGGAGACACUUGAUGUAGAGGAAACUGUGGAUGCGACAGAAGAAGACUACCUUUGGGUUUGGCCACCAGUAACAACACUGGCGGCCAUUACGGAACAGCAUGCCACUGAGGAGACACUUGAUGUAGAAGAAACUGUGGAUGCGACAGAAGAAGACUACCUUUGGGUUUGGCCACCAGUUACAAGAACAUCCGUUAUGGAACAGCCUACCACCAAACUGAUUACUCUCUUUCCUCCUGAGAAAGAUGCUGUAGAUGAGGAAACCCUCCCAACUGUUGAACCUGAGGAAGAUGAAGGACCCACAACUACUGAGGCGGCUUUAGACGAGCAACCGGACAGAGAAAAUCUAAUUAUCACCACUACAGCAUAUCAAGAUGUAGAACCUGCAUCCAUCAAAACAUUUACCACUGCUACACAAUCACAAACCAUGCCUUCAUCUGAGGAUGACAUCAUCCAAGCAGAGCCAGAGGAAGUACCCUCAGCAUCUAUUCCCGCUAUAGCCCCUGGACCUUCAGAAGGAGGGGACACCGUCCGAGAACAGGAACCACUUGAGACGGCCGUGGAUAUCUCUACUGAUGACUCAGACAUGCAGGAGGAUGUAGAAAAGGUAGAAAAGGACGGUACAGAAGCCGCUGAUAUGCUGGACGAGUUUGGCAGUGGAUUGGAAGGUCCAUUUGAGUCCACUGCAGCCCCCGGACUCAGACACAUGAGCACCCCUUUAAUGGCCACUACUGAAAAGGCCAAAGAGAUGGUGGUGUUCUUUAGUUUGCGAGUCACUAACAUUAUGUUUUCCGAGGACCUGUUCAACAAGAGCUCUCCUGAGUACAUGUCAUUGGAGAAUACCUUUCUUGAGCUG